AAAAAGCAUAAUCAAAAUCAAAACCCCCUCAUCGUCUUCCGAAUUCGGAUAGCACAAAAAAAUGGCAACUUUCUCGCCAUUUUCACUUCCUUUACAUUUAAUCCCCAAUACCCAUUUCAACACUCACAAAAGCCUCUCCUUUUGUCCAAAGUCUACCCAUUUACAGACCAAAGUUUGCACCUUUUCUUCCAAAAACUUAGCCUUAUUCUUCAAAAAGAGAAAAACCGUUUGUGGGACUUGGAAACUGAACUCUGCUGAAGAAGAAGCAGCAGCUCUUCCUGUCUCUCCUACAUCCACUCUCAGAAUGUACUUCCAGAGUUUGGGCAAUUCGGGUGGAACCUUUUCAAGGCCAUUUGUGGUUAAUUCAAGUUCUUCAACCGCUUCUUUAAAUACCCAUCAAGGAAUCUGGGAAGACCCAGAUGAUGGAAGUGGAAGUGAAUAUGAUGAUGAUGAUGAAGAAGAAGUGGAAGAGAAUGAUGGGUCUGAUUUUCAACAAGGAAAUCCUGUUGGAGUUGUUGAUAACCAUACAGUGAAUCAGUAUGAGGAAGAUCUUGUCAAAGAGGUUGAGCAGCUUUUGGGACCCGAAGAAAAAGCAAUUCUGCAGCAGAAUGCCUCUCCUAACUUGAGAAAGAUCUCUACUGACAAAUGGAAGCCACUUCAAACGCUUGCGCUAUCAUUGCAGAUACAUUCUAUGGAUAAGCUACUUGAAGAUGGGCUAAACAUCGAUGAGGUGGAUAAGGAUGGUCACACUGCUCUUCAUAAGGCAAUUAUUGGUAAAAGGGAGGCUGUAAUCAGUCAUCUCUUACGAAAAGGUGCAAAUCCGCAUGUCAAAGAUAAGGAUGGUGCUACCCCACUUCAUUACGCAGUUCACGUUGGUGCUUUGCAAACUGUCAAAUUAUUGCUGAAGUACGAUGUAGAUGUCAAUGUUGCUGAUCGAGAUGGAUGGACCCCAUUGCAUGUUGCUGUUCAAAGUAGAAAUAGAGAUAUAGCUAAAAUUUUGUUGAUCAAUGGUGCAGAUAAGACCCGAAAAAACAAGGAUGGGAAAACUGCCUUGGAUUUAAGCUUGUGUUAUGGGAAGGACUUCAAGUCGUACGACCUUGCUAAGUUAAUGAAGAUACUGCCAGUUGAUAGGUGUCUUUGACUAGCUGCAUGCAUGCCUGGACUUUGAGAUAGAACUUAAAGUCGGAAACGAUUAUUCUACAAUGUCUAGAAGACAGAUCGGUAGGCUAAUUCAUCUUAACUAUCUUAUCUCCACUUAGUUCACAAUUCCGGACAUUGUACAUAACUCUAUGUAUACAUGCAAUGGUUCUACAUGGAGAGUAGGAAUGUUUGUGGACUUGACAUUCCUUGUAAGCGGCCACAGCGCAUGUAAGCAUGCCGUAAUGUUUUCUGUCAAUGGCGAUCAUAUUGCUGAUUGAUAGCUAUUGCAAUCGGUUCCAUCACUGACAGUUGAAGGUAGAAUGACAAUUCUUCUCAUUUCAGCCUAGCUGAAGUAGUAUUGUUUCUUUUUUAUAUUUUUAUAUAUAGAAAAAUACAUGUGUAUGAUGAAAUAUUUGAACUUUGAGAUGUCAUUGCAUUUAUAAAUUUAAUUUUACCAUUUUAACUAAA